AUGGCUCCAAAACAUCUGACUCCACACACGUCCGUGGAGCCGGAUAUGACACCAAUGGGAGACCAGCAACCGCCCUCAGAACCAGUCUCAAAAACUCCCACUUCCAGUUCCUCCAACCGUCCCGCUCCAGUCUCCUUGCUCGGUGUUUCCGAUGCCUCCCCACCGGUUCCUCUAACUGUGGACAGCACGCUGGUCACCAAUCCUUCAGCCAACCGACGGUAUCUAGGUGAAAACGCGGACCCUUCUCUGAAGCCAAGCGUUAAUCAAUUUGUUACUACUCCUGACAAUCGAGUAAUUAUCGCAUGCGGCUACUUUGACGGUUCAGUUCGUGUAUUUUCAGUUGAUAGCGGUCGAUGCGUCCAUAUCGCCUACGCACACCAUUCUGUUGUAACUUGUUUGGCCCGAUCGGAAGCGAAUGCCACUUUGCACUGCUAUGUGGCCACCGGCGGCCGUGAGGGCCUCGUUAUGUUGUGGAUCUUCAACAGUCAGACUAUGACCUUCUUCUCCGAAUCAGGUGAGACUGCGAAGUUGCCCUCUUCUCAUUCUCUCCUCCGUCAACAGUUCGUCUUA